GUUUCUGUGUUUGAGAAGUCAACACACCAUACACCUCUUCUGCAAGUGUCUCCAGGCUGACCAUCAUGCCAAGCUCAUUUUUCAUGGUGUUGAUGUUGCGGGGUGAUUCAGCCAGGUACCGCAAAGCCUUAAGAGGUCACGUGGAGAAGUUUGGUGCAGUGUGUUGUUGGCUCAUCUGUCAGCAGAAAUCCAGCGAACGCUGUCAAUGUCUCUACUGGAGGACAUCGCUGACCUGCUGAGAUGUGUUCUGGAAUAUUUUGGAGUGCCACCUGACAUGCUGGUUCCAGUAUGGGACAGUACAUAUUGUGGACAAUACCGAAGCAUAGUCCGUAUGAUUGGGACCAACCUUCCCCUCUCUCCUCAGCCUCGACUGCGCUUUCAGAUUCCUCUGCAGACAUUCAGUAGACACGGCCAUAUUGAUGUGACAGUGGACACGCCAGUCAUUCCUACAUUAGCGGAUGUGCUUUGGCUGGUGGAGGAUGAAGGGGACAGUCACACUAAAUUCAGGAAUGCUGUCCCUUUGAGGAAAGCUUUUGAGAUGCCUUUAUUGGGGUCUGAACAUCCGGUGUCCGUGUCUGUCCCGGCUCAGAGGGGAGGCGGGGUGCUGGGACAGGGCACUCAGCCAGAGGCCCUACAGAAGAUCUCAGCUCUGGAAGAGGAACUGCAGAGACUGCGAGCACAGAUUGCUAUGAUAGUCACAGCUCCAGCUGUCCCAUCCAUAUUUCCAGCUGAUCCUGGCACUCCAUGCUGUACUCCUCUUCCAGUUCCUGUCCUCACCUCCACUCCGGUCUGUCCUCCGCUGCCACCACCACCUCCACCACCACCUCCACCACCACUACCUCCUCCGGCUACAGGCAGCUGCGUGGAGGUGUCAGUGUCUGAUGUGAUUAGACAAAGACAGGCAGCAAAAAGAGAAAAGCUUGCACAGAGCGAUCCGUCUGUGUCUACAGCGCCUGCUGCAGGGCCCUCGAUGUUAGAGGUGCUCAAAGACCUGAAUCAAGUCAAACUGCGUUCUGUGGAGAGAUCUCCAGGUGGAACUCCAGUAAGGAGGCGGAGGAGUAAAGGUGUAGCAUGUUCAUCUGAUCCGGCAGCUCUUAUCGCCGAAGCCCUGAAAAGGAAGUUUGCGCACAAACUCAGGGACGAUUCAUUUGGUAAAGAGAACUGCUCGGCUGAACCCUCACCUUUCAGCAGUCCAGAUACUCCCAGGAUUCUCCCUCACACCAGACGCAGCCAGGGGCGCAUUCACCUUUGACCCUCAACCUUAAAGUCUUUCAGGGACAAAGUUGUGUCAUGGACUGAUGUGACAGACCUAUUCUUUUUUUUUUUAAUGUUUGUUUCACUGUCUCUCUUUGCCUUUCCCCUUUCUCUCUCUAAAUGAAUCACUUGGGCCUCCAUCUGAGUACACUGUGCAUGUUUUUUGAGAUUUUUGAGCAGACCUCAUCAUUUUUUUUGUAUGUACAGAUUUUUAUUUGUUAAUAUUGUGUACAAUGGACAAUUGUAAAUGACUACGACUAUUGAUACAGGAUGGCAAUAAUUAUCUCAUAGGAUGCUACAGUUAAUUUCUUUCAGUUACCAAUGUAGUACAUUAAUAAGGUCUGAUCUAUGCAAUGCUGCUUUUUUUACACAGUUUGUUGUUUUGGUUUUUUUGUUUGUUUUUAAAACCUCAAUCAGGGGUGUCAAACUGAGCUCCUGGAGAGCCCUGCUGGGUUGACUUCCAACUCCGCUCCAACACACAUGCGCAGGGCUAUAGUAAAGAGCGGUACUUAGUUUGCUAAUAAUGUGUACAUCCAUGUUUCUCCUGUGUUAUCAUCCUCUUCUACAAAGUGCUAAUGCAGUAUCGCAUUCAAAAGCAAUAAAAAAGUUAUAAGCCUUUCAAAUGUAUUCAAAGUGUGUGCUAUUGCAUAAUACAAUUUAUUAUACAGUUCUCUGGAAUACUUGAUUCUGACUGGUUAGUCAUUUGUUUAAAUAAAAAAACUUCAUCCCCUAACACUAGCACUCUUCAUUAAUUAUCUAUAAAUAAAUCCUGCAUC